GUAGUGUCUUCACGUUGGUUUAGAAGCCUGGACUAUUUUUACAGUAAGGAAACAUUUGCGCUUUUAUUUGUGCCGUAUAUUUGCUUAUUUAAGGACCAUUGUUGGUAUUACGUCGGUCUGAGAGGGGAAGAACGAUCCUAAACUUGAUUUAUCAAAUUGAUCUAUCAGGGGGUCAGUGCUGAAAAUGGUCUAAAUCUGGAUUGUUGCAUCGCUGAUGAGAAAUACAUGUUUUGUGGAGAUGAGGACAACCCCGACAAGGCGCCAGCUAUGUGGUGUGGUGGAGUGCGCUGUGUCUGUAUGCGGUGUUUCACCAGAACGAUGGACAGAGCCUCUGAUCUCCAACACAUGGGAACUAGGAGACAUCCAACCCUGCUCCGGAUAUUCCUGCUGGUCCUUCUUCUCCAUGUAGCCAGAGGAGAUGCCACUACAGAAACAUCUCAACCUCCACCCUUCUCACCCUCUCCUUCAUCAUUACCACCACAUGUUUUAGUCCCUCCAUUCUCUGCCCCGCCUUCUUCGACCUCAACUCCACCAAGAGCACCGCUUAUAACAAACACUAUAUCAACUACACAGACUACAACCACAUCAGUGUCUACCACCCAAAAUACUGUAGCAUCAAUCAUGCCACCUAGUAGCAUAACAUCUACAUCAGCUAUAGCCACAACACCUGCAGCUCCAUCAGCUAUAGCCACAACACCUGCAGCUCCAUCAGCUAUAGCCACAACACCUGCAGCUCCAUCAGCUAUAACCACAACACCUGCAGCUCCAUCAGCUAUAGCCACAACACCUGCAGCUCCAUCAGCUAUAGCCACAACACCUGCAGCUCCAUCAGCUAUAGCCACAACACCUGCAGCUCCAUCAGCUAUAACCACAACACCUGCAGCUCCAUCAGCUAUAGCCACAACACCUGCAGCUCCAUCAGCUAUAACCACAGCACCUGCAGCUCCAUCAGCUAUAACCACAACACCUGCAGCUCCAUCAGCUAUAACCACAACACCUGCAGCUCCAUCAGCUAUAACCACAACACCUGCAGCUCCAUCAGCUAUAACCACAACACCUGCAUCUCCAUCAGCUAUAACCACAACACCUGCAGCUCCAUCAGCUAUAACCACAACACCUGCAGCUCCAUCAGCCAUCCUGUUCACAGCCACAUUACCCACUACAGACAUUUCUUCAUCUAACACUCCAAACACGUCAACAAUCUCGGUGCCCAUGUCUAAUGCAUCCUCGACCCCACCCCCCACAUCCCUCACAACCCUUCAUCCAUCACCACUGCACACUGCCUCAUCCAACAUGACUAAUGAACCAAUGACAUCCACCAUGCCAUCUCCAUCCACUAUUCUGCACUCGACUUCGCCCAUCAUAACGUCCACUACCAACAUGACCUCUAAAAAUGCCACAUCUCCAGGACCCUCCACUCCUUUGCCAAUAACAGUCACCUCUAAUGCCACUACAGCUGCGUACUACUGGAUGGUCCUUGCGGUGGAUGUGACUGGAGAUCUGAAGAAUGAAUCAGACAUCAGUGGCUGGUUCAGGGCUCUAUUUCAUUCUCUCUUGGACUCCUGUGAGCCCUCCAACCCUGAACAAGCAAAUGGCACAAAUUCGACUGACACACUGCAAACCACCUCUGUCAGUCCAACAUAUCCCACCCCCUACAACAUGACAACAUGGUUAUACAACUUCACCACGACAACACUAUCCCAGAACUUCACCAACUUCACCACGGCAACACCAUCCCAGAACUUCACCAACUUCACCACGACAACACUAUCCCAGAACUUCACCAACUUCACCACGACAACACUAUCCCAGAACUUCACCAACUUCAACAUGACAACACGAUCCCAGGACUUCACCAACUUCAACAUGACAACACUGUCCCAGAACUUUACCAACUUCAACAUGACAACCUUGACAACUAACAUGACAACUAUGCUUUACAAUAGUACUCCCCCACACAACCGUAGCAUGUCCGUCCCACCCUACAACCAUAGCAUGACAACUCUGUCUCCCAGCUGGCCCCAUAGCACCACAAGUGAGGAGCAUGAAGGUGGAAAUAUGACUGCUGCCAGCCUGUUUCAAGACAUUGAGGUGACGUGUGUCAAUAAAACAGGGAUCAGGAGGACUAACUGCACUGUGCUGCUGAGGACGAGGAAGCCAACAUUUCCCUGCUGUUUCCAGCGAGCCCUGUGGCUGGGUCAGGAGAACAGCUCCAUACAAACCCAUAUAGUGGGAAAUAGAGUGGAGAGAGUGGGUAAGGGUCUGUGUGCAGGCCAAUUGCCUCCAAGUAAUGGUUUUGCAAAGUGCACCGGCUUCCUGAAUGGCACUCUCCCUCUUCCAAACACGUGUCACGCUCCAGGGCCUGUCAAUAUCUCAUGUGGACAUGCAGGGACUGUUUACGUACCACUUGGAAAUCAAACCCAAAUGGACUGUGGUAUGCCCCCUAAACCUCCCAUCGAUGUGGAGAUUGUCUGCAACUGCUCCUCUUACUGCUAUGGCACAGCUGCAUACUAUACCUUGGGCAUACAGAUCAAAGAUCCCGCUAUGAAUAUUUCAAAAAUCUUCUAUAUGAUUGAUCAGCUAAAAACUCCUCCACCCUGCAACAACACCUCAGAGACACAUCCUCCCUGUCCCUUGCCCAUCAUAUCAACUAUCUACCAGGAUGCUCAUGUGGAAUGCGAUGGCGCAAAUACCAAUCUCCAAAGCUGCAGGGUUAUCGUGCGCCUCAACCAUUCGGUGCCUAUAUGUGCAGUCAGUACUGCAUUGAUGACUGUUUUCAAUGAUGAGCAUGGUAUUGGCUAUAAUGGAACGGUGACCCGAGCAGCCAUUUGUGGCUACCCAGGAUCCAGUGGUGGUCUAUUGAAUUCAACCUUCACUUGGGAGAGUAUCAACCUCAACACCACUUUGUUCUGUGAGGCUGAAAAGACCACUUCCAUUGUCAGCUGCAAACAAGGGGAAAAUGUGUGUGUGCUCCUGAAUGAAAUGUGCGACCCCAUGCCUCCUUCUACAUCACCCAGCCCAAUGGCCAACACCACUUUACCUGCAACAACAAUACUGCCUCCUCCACCCAAUGUCACUAUACACCUAAACAGCCCCUACGUCCCAUUGAACACAACAUUAGCUCCACUAAACACCACUUCUAAAGCUCCAAAUACUACACCAUCAGCUCCAAAUACUACACCAUCAGCUACAAAUACUACACCAUCAGCUACAAAUACUACACCAUCAGCUCCAAAUACAACCAUCGCCAUGACAACCCGGGGUAAUACCACUACAAACUCAUCAACACCCAUCAUUCCACCAGUGAAUCCCACAACAGCUUCCCCAAAGUACACCACGACAGCUCUUACAACAACCACCUCAGCGCCCAACACCACAGCAGCUAGUAGUGAAGAGCAGGCCAAUCAGCUGCUGGAUCUGACUAGUAAUGUGUCCAAGCUCAACUCCUCCCAGGUGGACCAGCUGGUGUCCCAGCUAGAGGCCCUGCUGGCCGGACCCAAUGUCAGCCUGGAUCUGGGGAAAACCUCUGUCAAAAUCGUUAGCAACCUGCUGGGUGCCUCCUCUGACACCCUGGCCUCCUCCUCCACCAAGAUCAUUGGGAUUGUUGAUACGGUGGGCCUGAAGCUGGUCGUUCAGCAAGAGGCUACGAUUUUAACCAAGUCGGUUGCUGUCGCUAUCAAAACAGUGGACGGCACUAAUUUCCAGCAAACAUCUUUCUCCAUCCCGGACCCCAACAAUGUGCAGAUCCGUGGAGAUGGCAGAGCCAGGAGAAGUGUGAGAACAGAGGCGUCCUCCCUUCCCCAGGGCUCCGUCACGUUCCCCUCCUCCCUCACAGCGAACCUCUCCCAUGAGCAGCAGCUACAAGCCUCCAGACUCCAGUUCAACUUCUACCAGAAGGCCACUGUGUUCCAGGACCGAGCCCUGGGAGACAGCAGGCUGUACAGUGGGAUACUGGGAGCCAGUGUGGCCAACCUGUCAAUCAAAUCUCUGCAGAAGGACGUGGUGAUCACCCUGAGAAACACUGAGCCCGUCCCAGCAAAUGUCGUGGUUUCAUGUGUUUUCUGGGACUUUGGCUUGAAUGAUGGCUCAGGAGGCUGGAACCGAAAAGGCUGCUCUGUCAGGAACAGCACAGAAAAUGAGACUGUCUGUGCCUGUAACCAUCUCACCAGCUUCGGUGUGCUACUGGACAUCUCCAGAACGGGCAUAACCAAUCAUCUCCAGGCCACAAUCCUCACCUACAUCACCUACAUCGGCUGUGGUAUCUCCGCCAUCUUCCUCUCCGUCACUCUGCUCACCUACCUGGCCUUUGGGAAACUGCGUAAGGACAUCCCAUCUAAGAUCCUGAUCCAGCUGUGUAUGGCUCUGUUGUUUUUAAACCUGGUGUUCCUGGUGGAUGCCUGGCUGGCCCUCUACCCUGACGCUGUGGGCCUGUGCAUCUCCACCGCUUGGUUCCUGCACUACUUCCUGCUGGCUUCCUUCACCUGGAUGGGCCUGGAGGCCGUCCACAUGUACCUGGCCCUCGUCAAGGUCUUCAACACAUACAUAAAACGAUACAUGCUCAAGUUCUCUCUCGUCGGCUGGGGCGUCCCACUCCUUGUGGUCAUCGUCGUUAUUGCUGUUGAUAAGAACAAUUACGGCCUCGUUAGCUACGGAAAGUAUUCAGAUAACUCCCCUACAGAUGACUUCUGCUGGCUGAAGAACAACAUUGCCUUUUACGUAUCUGUGGUGGCCUACUUCUGUGUCAUCUUCGUGUUGAACCUCAGCAUGUUUGUGGUGGUGAUGGUUCAGCUGUGUCGGAUAAAGAGUCAGAACCCCCACAACAUGAGGCACCGUAACGGACUGCAGGACCUGCGCAGUGUGGUUGGGAUCACCCUACUCCUGGGCCUCACCUGGGGCUUUGCCUUCUUUGCCUGGGGGCCUGUCAACCUGGCCUUCAUGUACCUCUUCGCCAUCUUCAACUCCUUUCAAGGGUUCUUUAUCUUUGUGUUCCACUGCGCUGUAAAGGAGAACGUGAGGAGGCAGUGGAGGACUUACCUCUGCUGUGGUAGACUGAGACUGGCAGAGAACUCAGACUGGAGCCGCACGGCUACACAGAAGACAGAGAAGAAGUCAUUGUCAGUGACCAGAGCCACGUCCUUCCGCUCCGGCAACUCCUCCCAGUUCAACCAUACCUCCAGCUCCUCCUUCUUGACCGGUGACUCCCCAGAGCGGCCCAGUGGAGCAACAGGAAGUCUAUUUGACGACAGAACCAUCACAGCCCUUGAGGAGCUCAACUCAGACGUGGUCCUCAAUGAGGUGAACAGCCAAUUCAGGACUCAGAGUCAGAGAGCAGCCUAAGUCCUGUAGAACACUAGGCCAAGUGUAGGCUGGUAGGGGAGUGGACUUACGUGAGACAGUGUGUUUCAUAGUAUUUUCUACGUUUAUAUGAAAUAUUUGAAUGUUAAUGCUGCAUUUAGUAGUUUAAUGGAAGUGUGUGACAGACCACACUGAAGAGAUGGGACAUCACUGAAGAUCCAGCAUGCUCAUGGAUUUCGUCCAGUUGACCUACCAAUACUAUCAUGAACUCGUCUGGGCUGGCACCUAUGAUUGUGAAUAUCAAUACAUGUACUGUACUGAAAAGGUAUCUACAGUAGCACGGAGGAGAAACCCAACUUUUACUGUAGAUCCUCCCGAGCGGCAUCCUAUGACUGCAUACUACAGGUUUUAUCGGUUUUCUCAGCAUUCUUCAGAGGCGUGCGCUGGCACAUACUAACACUGUCACUUCCUGGUUUGAUUUCAUUUAAGAUAAAGGCAAAGCUCUUUUAUACUGUACUCAGAAUCAAGAUAUUUCCAUGAGAUAUAUAUGUAUAUAUAUUUUAAAGAGGCAUCAUAACAAUGGGUGUAUAAUUAAACGUUAUUUCACCAAUAACAAUGGUAUAAAUAAAAUGAAAUGUUUUAUUUUAAGCUAA